CCACCCACACCCACACCCACAAACCCACAUCCACACCCCCCCCCCCACCCACACCCACACUCACACCCACACCCCACACCCACACCCACACCCAGGUACAUGAAUAUCCAAUUGAAGAAUUAGUAUCACCAGUAGUUGUGAUUAAUGUUAAUCAACAAACUGAACGUAAUAUAGAUUAUCAAAUCACAAAACAAGAUAUUGUUAAUUGGGAAAAAACGCAUGGCAGUAUACAGAAAGAAUCAUUCGUUAUUGCUAAUACUGGUUGGAGUAACUAUUGGAAUGAUCCGAAAAAGUUUAUAGGUUUUGAUGAAAAUCAGGUGCGACAUUUUCCUGGAUGGGGACGUGAAGCCGCACAAUACUUACUCGAAAAAGGAGUGCGUGGUUUAGGUAUCGAUACUCUCAGUAUUGAUGCUGGUAAUAAUCCUAAUUUUGAUGCUCAUCAAGUAUUUUUAAAAGCGGAUAAAUACUUGGUAGAGAAUAUCAAUAUUAAUAUCAAAAAAAGCAGUAAAUUACCAGAAGUUGGAGCAACUAUAUUUGUCUUACCAAUACCCAUCGAAAAUGGUAGUGAAGCACCGGCAAGAAUCAUAGCAUAUGCAUAA